AUGGCCGAUUCCGCUACUCCAGCACAGGCAGACCAGCCCCACACCGCACUCAUUACCGGCGCAGCCCAUGGCAUUGGACGCGCUAUUGCCCUGCGCCUCGCAGAGGACGGACUAGAUAUUGCCAUCGCAGACUUGAAAUCACAACGCACGACCCUCGACGGCGUCGCGGAUAAGGUAAGGGCGAAAGGGAGGCGAUGUCUUGUCUUGGAGUGUGAUAUAUCACAAGAGGAGGAGGUCCAGCGCAUGGUACAGGCUACGGAACAAGAGUUCAAUAAUUUGGAUGUCAUGGUAGCGAAUGCCGGACGAAUCGUUGUGAAACCUUUGGUUGAUUCUACCCUCGUCGAUUUUGAUGAGAUAUUCAAUACCAAUGUGCGCGGGACGUUCCUUUGCUUGCGUGCUGCAGCGCAAACUAUGAUCAAGCAGGGGCGUGGCGGGAGGAUCAUCAGCGCGUCGUCUGUAGCAGGGAGGAAAGGGAUGCCGUUCAACAGUAUUUACAGUGCAUCGAAAUCUGCCAUUCGAUCAUUUACACAGGCGCUCGCGAGUGAACUGGGAUCACACGGCAUUACCGUGAACGCCUACGCUCCUGGGCCAGUUGAAACGCAUCUCCAAUUCGCAAAACAGGUAGGAUUUCCUGAUAGCAAGACGUUCAUACAAAGUUAUGAAACGAGUGUGGCACUGCGGCGGAUUGGAACGCCGGAAGACAUUGCGAACGCGGUGUCGUUUCUCGCAAGCAAAGACUCUGCCUAUAUCACUGGACAGACUAUCACAGUUGACGGGGGAUCAUGGAUGGACUGA